AUGGUGACCACUACCAUCGACCACAACCCCCUGGAUCCCAACUACGCAAACCGCCGCAGCUCUCUCGGAAGCAUGGAUCACCCGCAGAAGGCAACACCCGGCGUCAAGGAUGUGGAUGUUAUCCUAGACAGAGAUGUUGCUCCAUCUCCCCACGCGAUGUGCUCGGAGUUAGCCCACCAGCACGCUAUAGAAGGUCUCCACCAGAAUACAGAGCAUUGGACGCAGAGGCAGGUAGAUCACAACAGUUUCCUCUCCGACCUAAGUACCGACCGUGGCCUGCAAGCGCAUCCCGAAGAAAUCGGAGAGUGA